AAAUUAAACAAGUGAGCUGAUAAUGUUGAUGGAUAACCAAACCUCCACCAAAAGCCAGAAGACCUUCCGUGAGCGUAUAUUGGCAUGACUUACUUGCACUGUAAAGCAGCACAUAUUCUCUUGAUCAUCUGCAAUGAGCUUACCAUUCAAGUUGCUCACCUACCCUUUAGUCUAUUCUCAUCGACUCAUCAUCUUUUUUGAUGAUCUGUUAUCCACUAUGUAUAUAUUGCGUGUUAACUACAAACUGUAAACAGUCCACUCAACUCAAGAUAGUGAAGAAACAGAUAUCUUACCUAUCUAAACCUAAAAGUGAACAGAAAAAUAUUGAGAAUGACACCUUGCUGGCACCAAUAAACUGUGAAUCAAGUCGCAAAACAUGCAAUAUUGUUUAUUGUUUGCUCUUCAGACUCCAUAUAAUCUUGCUUAUAAUUAGUCUUCUUGCUCUUUAUACAAUUUCAGCAAAUUAAUUCUACUUAUAGAAGCUGUAAAUCUUCGCUUUCUGUGUGCUUUAAUUUGGAUUCUACGAAAUGGGAAUGGGAGCGGUCCAGGUGUUCUUCUUACUUCAGUUAUGGGCGUUAAUUGACAUGGCUCUUUGUUCGUCGCUGAGCGGCCUCCGAGUGGAGCUCACUCACGUCGACUCCAAUGGAAAUUUCUCCAAGUUCGAGCUUCUACAACGAGCCGCGCUCCGCAGCAGUCACCGGGUCGCGAGGUUGACCUCCGCCGACGGCGGCAGCGGCGCGGUGGUGAAAGCCACCGAUGCCGGAAGUGGCCAAGUGCAGGCGUCUGUCCACGCCGGCAGCGGCGAGUUCCUCAUGGACCUCGCCAUCGGCACGCCCAGCCUCGCCUACUCCGCCAUCCUCGACACCGGCAGCGACCUCAUUUGGACGCAGUGCAAGCCCUGCGUAAGGUGCUUCUCGCAGCCCUCCGCCGUCUUUGACCCCUCGAUCUCCUCCACCUACAAGAAGCUCCCCUGCACCGGCGAACUCUGUCACGCCCUGCCCACCUCCCGCUGCGCCGCCGCCUUCGACUGCAAGUACCUGUACACCUAUGGCGACUCCUCGUCGACGCAAGGCGUGCUCGCCAGCGAGACGUUUGAGUUAGGAAGCGACGCGAAGCCGACGGCAGUGCCCGGCGUCGCCUUCGGAUGCGGCGACACCAAUGUGGGGAACGGCUUCUCGCAGGGCGCCGGCAUCGUGGGGCUCGGCCGCGGGCCGCUCUCGUUGAUAUCUCAGCUGGGAUUGGGCAAGUUCUCCUAUUGCCUCACCUCCUUGGACCAAUCCAAGAAGAGUCCUCUGUUAUUUGGCUCCCUAGCUGAUCUCAGCGCCAGCGAAGGGACGGCGGCCGUGCAAUCGAUCCCGUUGCUGAAGAACCCGCAACAGCCGUCCUUCUACUACCUCCCCCUCAAAGGUAUCACUGUCGGCGGGACUCGCCUCCAGAUCCCGAGCUCCGCCUUCGUACUCCAGCAAGACGGGACCGGCGGCGUGAUCAUCGACUCCGGCACCUCCAUCACUUACUUGGAAGCGGCGGCGUAUCGGCAGGUGAAGAGGGCCUUCCUGAACCAGGUGCAGCUGCGGGCGGCCGACGGCUCCGACGUGGGACUCGACGUCUGUUUCUCGCUGCCAGCGGGGGCGUCGUCGGUGACCGUGCCGAAGCUGACGUUCAAUUUCGACGGCGCGGAUCUGGAUUUGCCGGCGGAGAACUACCUGAUCGCGGACUCCAGCACGGGGUUGCUGUGCUUGACCAUCAUGGGAUCGAGGGGCUUGUCGAUCAUCGGCAACUUCCAGCAACAGAACCUGCACAUUCUCUACGAUUUGAAGCAGGAGAUCCUCUCAUUCGUCCCUACGCAGUGUGAUAAGCUCUGAUUGGCUUAAUUGAUUUUAUAGAAUAUGGGGAAUUAUUGCACAUUAUCUCUGUUCUAUAAUAUAAUUGUUCGUUUUCGUCGA